UGAGGAAGUGACCCUGAGAUGCAACUGUGAGGCAGGCUUUUAACUAAAGUCAAUUACUUAUCUAACUACCUAGAAAUCAUAAGGAAGAAUACCUCCUGGUGAAACAAAGGAGAGAUGAUGAGGAGGAGAAUGAAAGGACUUCAGCUGUUCAUUUUCAGUGCAGUUCUGGUAACUGUUCAUGCCCUCACUGUGGAAACACCUGUCAAGAAAGUAGAGGUGGCACGAGGGAACAAUGCUACUCUCCCCUGUAAUUUUAAUACUGAGGCUUCCAUCAGCACAGGGGAUGUCGUUGUCUGGAAGAAAAUCGACAGUGUGGAUGAUGCUGUCACUAGGUAUUUUGAUGGACUUGUACAGUAUGGCAAGGGCUAUGAGAAUCGUGUACAGUUCACUGGUGAUGUAGACAAAGGGGACAUCAGCAUCACCAUCAAUGCGGCGAUCAUGGAAGACAACGGUACGUUCACAUGCAAUGUUCGUCUCCGGAAUGACCCUCCCAGGCAGACUGCAUUGAUGGCUCUUUUAGUCCUUGUUGCACCAUCAAAGCCAGAAUGCAAGAUUGUGGGGACAGCAGAAUAUGGGCAGACAAUCAAUCUGACCUGCAUUUCUCAUGAGGGCUCCCCAAAACCCACAUAUGCCUGGCAAAGCUACGAUGUACAAAACCAACUCCGUUCACUACAAACACCAGAAGGAGAACAAUUAACUCUAAAGAACAUCUCAGCAGAUACCUCUGGCUUUUACAUCUGCACUUCAACCAACAGAGUAGGAAAGGAAUCCUGCAACAUCACAGUCAGCGUUAUGCCACCAUCCAUGAACAUUGCUCUUUAUGCUGGCAUCAUUGGUGGUGGUGUUGCUGCAAUUAUACUUAUUGGUUUUUUAGCCUAUUGCUGCUGCUGUCGGGAAUCCAAGGACAAGGACUAUGAGAUGACGGAGACAGAAGAUAGAAAUGAACCCUCCCAGGAGAAGCCUACGAGGAAUCAGAGAGCAGACGAUGAUUUUGAAGGUGAAUGAAGAAAGAAGCAGGAGGCCACUGCCAUCCUCAGGAUUUGCUGAGGCACAGACAUCAUGGUAGAAAAGAAAUCAGAUCCCUCUCUCUCGACGCAAGAAGGGUGGGGGUUUUUUAGAAUAGACAAGUCAAUGCUAAUGACUCUGACUUCAAGUUCCUGGGAGAGAAUAUCCUUGUCUCCCUGGAAAAAAGUGCUUAAUAUGCAGUAGGGACUAAUACAUAACCUCACAGCAGAAAAAUGCAUAUGAAGCACUGCUUCACUCACUCAUCCAAAAAUAGCCAGUCUUUGAGACUGCCCAAUUUCUGUAAAAGAAGCUAGUCAGGUUUAUUUGGAGAACAGAGUUACUGCUGUACCCCUAAAUCCACAGAAGGUUUCAAGACCACUGAUUGCAUGUCAUUGAGAAAGGGUGGUCUUGAUUAUGGCAUUAUGCAAAUAUAGCUUGCAGUUCUAGCACAGUGACAUUGUCCAGUAUAGAAAUGAUUUUAUGCAGACUGAAGCAAGCUGAUUUUUAAGGACAUUUUAUUAAACACGUUCUUUGUAUAUAUUAUACAUGUACAUGUAAAUAAAAAUAUGGAAAAAAAUCA